AUGCUCAGCAACGCAAUCCCCAUUGCCAUCGUGGCCCUAUCCUCUCUCGUCAUGGCUGUUCCCCAUCGCAGAGACAACGAGUCGGCCACGGGUCUGAGUUUGACUGCUCAGCUUCAACUUGCGGACACCGGCGCUGCUCGAUAUCGUCUCCUUCCAAAGGACGAGGACUUUGUCUACGACUUCAACAAAAGCCCAGUCGCCCUCGCCAAUCGCCAAACCUUCCCUGCCGUGGCGGGCUUAGGCGGUAGCAUGGCAGUAGCAUCAUUGCCCGCCUGCGCCAUGAGCUUCCUCCACCUCCACCCCCGCGCCUCGGAGCUCCUCGUCGUCACCUCUGGCCACCUCAUGAUCGAAAUGGUCCCCGAAGCCGGCGUCCUCGGCCCCGACGGCAAGCAGCGCGUGAUCCGCGCCGACCUGGGCCCCAACCAGAUGACUGUCUUCCCCAUGGGCUCGUUCCACACCCAGGUCAACCCCGAGUGCACCCCAGCAUCGGCCGUCGUGUCCUUCACCUCGGAUGAGGGAGGCACCAGCAUGGUCGCGUCACAACUCUUUGCCCUGAGCGAUGAGGUCAUUGAGACGUCCUUUGGCUCGAGCAUUGCUGGUGAGGAUAUUGAUAAGGUGCGGCAGGCUAUUCCCAAGAACCUCGUUCUCAAGGUGGAGGAGUGCCUGAAGAAGUGCGGCUUAGAGAAGCGGGGUCUCUGA